UUCAAACUGAAUGUGAUAGUAAUACUGUUUCUAGCAGAAGUGAAAUUGAAAAGAAGAAAUAGUAAACUUUGGCAAAUUAAAAAUGUCGUCAAUAUUAAUCGCAAUAUCGCUCUUGGCCACUUUAAUCGUGACUGCAUUUUUAUACGUGAAACAUGUAUUUACGUAUUGGAAGCGUAAGGGGAUUCCUUUCAAAACUCCGUCAUUUCCAUUUGGAAAUUUUCAAGGCUCACUUUUGCAACGGAAACCAUUCGCCGAAGAACUCAGGGAGCUAUACAAUAGUACAACUGAACCAUUCAUUGGAAUGUAUAUGUCAUUACAACCGGGCCUUUUAGUUCGUGAUCCCAAGAUCAUUAAAGAUAUGUGCAUUAAAAGUUUUCAAAAUUUCGACCAUCGAGUAUUCGAUACAAAUGUGGAAUCUGAUCCAAUGGCCGAUAAUAUUUUAUUGCAAAAAGGUGAUAAAUGGAAACAAGUACGUACACAAUUUUCGCCCGCAUUUUCAUCGGGUAAAUUAAAGGGAAUGUUUAAUACGAUCGUAAAUUGUGUAAAUGCAUUAGAAGAACACAUCAAUUGUUUCGCAAAUACUGACAAAUCAUUGGAAAUGUUUGAAUUAUUUGGUCAAUAUACGACAAACGUUAUUGCAUCAGUUGCGUUUGGCUUAGAGGUUAACUGUAUAAAGGAUCCCAAUGGUGAAUUCCGAAGAUAUGCCAAGCGACUCUUUGAACCAACGGUGAAAAAUAUAACACGAGCUAAUUUCAAUAUUAUGAUGCCAAAACUUUCAAAUUUGUUGGGCUUGAGAUUUGUUGACAAAGAGGUUGGUGAUUUUAUGAUCGAAACGGUACGGCAAAAUGCAGAAUAUCGUGAAAAGAAUAAUGUGAUUUGUAAGGAUUUGUUCCAAUUGUUGAUGCAAUUACGAAAUACUGGAAAAGUUAACGAUGAUGAUGACGAUUGGUCGGCCAAAUCAAAUUCUAGCGAAAAAGCAAUAACACUAGAGGAAAUUGCCGCGCACACAUUUUUAUUCCUAGUCGGAGGGCAUGACAGUUCAGCGACUUCAAUGGCAUUUGCGUUAUUCGAGUUGGCCAAGCAUGCAGAGGUUCAACAAAAAGUAUAUGAGGAAAUUGCUGACGUUCUUCAAAAUCUCGAUGGAAAACUAACAUACGAUUCACUUGCUGAGAUGAAAUUUUUGGAAUGUUGUCUCAAUGAAUCAAUGAGAAUGUAUCCACCAUUUCCUGUUGGCACUAGAACAUGUUCAAAAAAUUAUCAAAUCCCUGGAACAAAUGUGAUUAUUGAAGAGGGUACGCAAAUCUACUUCUCUGCCACCGGACUGCAAUAUGAUGAAAAAUACUAUGAUGAACCAACUAAAUUCAAACCAGAGAGAUACAGUGAUGCACAAACAACAAAGAAUUUCGAAUCGAUGCCCGGUUUUGCUUUUGGAGAAGGGACACGUAAUUGUAUAGGAAUGCGUUUGGCAAAAUUGUCAUCAAAACUAACGAUUGUUUUGCUAUUGCAAAAAUUCAGAUUUGAACUGGCUGAUCAACAUAAAAAUACUGAGGUUAAAUCAGACCCAAAAGCUUCUGCGCUGUUCCCUAUUAAUGGCUUGAAUUUUAAAGUAUUCGUUCGAUGAUCAUCUGGGACCAUUGAUCAUUAGAAAUAUAGAAUCAAAAUUCUUUUUAUAUCCAAUUCAAAAUUAUUUAAUAAAAAUCAUGAUAUACUACUCAAA